AAGCCAAGCUGUGUUGUCUGCUCCAUCCGCACUUGCGGCGCGCAAGCGUGUAGACUGGCCAGCCAAGCCGGUUAUUUUUUUCCGAAUUGCUUGCUUAACUACACUAAACUACUCUGAUUUCUCGACCUUCGUUAGACAUUUUGUCCGUGUGUGUGUAAUUUAUUUUGUCGAUACGUUUCUUGGUAGCACAAAUACCCUCUGAUAAUAAUCAGCUUUUCUUCGCCCUCGCGGACCUUCAUUGUCAUAUUUAGCUCAAAAACUUCCAAGGACAGGGUCAAUCAUGAGCACUGGCGAUAGCAAGAAACGCAAGAAAAACUACUACAAGACUUUCGCCAAGAAGCGCCGAGUAGGCAACCUGGAAUCCGACAUGACGGGCUUUCUGGUCACCUUCGAGCGAAGCGAGUUCCAGGCUGCUAAGGAUUGCUACGAGCUGCUCAACGAGUACGCUGACAAAAUCUGGGGCCCUGAAAAACCAGAGGGAGCAGGCAGCAAAGAAUCCAUUGAGGAUGACAUAGCUGCAGAGCUGAAUGAGCUCAAGGAGUCCAAGGACAAAGUUCGCCGUUUUCAAAAGGUGAAGACGGAUGUGGCUGGAAACUUUUUUGUAACAACCACGGUGGAUGAUCCUGGACAGCUGGUGACAGCCAUCUUUGAAGACCUGAAGGCGAAGCACGAACAGCGCAGCCGCUUCAUCCAGCGCCUGUUGCCCGUGCAGACAACUUGCAAAGCCAACCUGGACACCAUGAAGAAGACGGUAGAAACAGUGCUUGCAUCCUACAAUGACUCUGCCUCGCCAGAAGUUGCUUACUUGGUUGCUGGAAAAAUCCGCCACAACAGCAGCCUUCAGCACAACCCAAUGCUUCAGGAGAUAGUGCAGGUUGUGAAGGCUGCCAAGCCUCAGUGGAUAGGGGAACUGCGCAAGCCAGACUUGGUGCUCAUGGUGGACGUGUUGCACAACAUCUGCUGCAUCUCUCUGAUGCCUCGGUACCUGGAAUUCAGAAAGUACAACCUCCUGGAAGUGACAAAGCCUCAGCCAAACUCUGAGGUGCCAAAGGAGCCUAGCUGUUCUGCUGAUGUGCCAAAGAGUGACAGUGAAGAGAGCAAGGACAAAAAACCUGAGUGUGACAAAGAAGCAGCGUGCGAAGAAAAUAAGAAACCUUUGGAUACCGUUGGAGACGAUGAAAGAGAUGUCAUGGAAGCUGCAGACAGCAAACCAGACAACGCUUCAUCGAAUGGGGGCAGCACUGAACUCUUGACAAACACAUCAGAAGGCGAAAACGUGGGGUCACACAAAACUGCGGAGGCAUCUAAAGACUGAGCAUAUUUCUCUCAGUUCCUUCUUUUGCUCGUUUGCAGUCAAAUGUAACAACAUUAUCUGGAACAUAAAAGGUGGCAUUAAAGGUUCACUUUCAUUAUUGA